UUGUUAUCCAAGGUUUUUUAUAUUAAAUAUCAUAAUUUGUAAAAAAAUUAUAAAGACUUUACAGAUUAACAAAGUUCGUCCAUUUUCCUUAUUAUCAUUCGCAGAAACCACAAUACGUAUAUUCUAUCUGUAGGAGGAAUAAAAGGAGAAUUUUGUUAUUCUUACGAAAGGUUAGAAUUUAGUUUUUAUUAAGAAAUUCAAAGGAAAUUACUUGGAAGUUUUUAAAACUCUAAUAAACUUAUUUAAAUGAAUGUCAUUUAUAGUUUGUUCAGUUUUUUCAUUCAAGAUUUUUCAAUUUUGUUUGUUACUUCGCUGAGAUUUUAUCCACCGGAUGUAGAAUUGGCAAAUGCGGUAUCGAAAGAAACCUAUAAUGGAGGUUCCUUAACUAUAAUUAUCGCUCCAACCCAAUAUAUACAAGAAGAUGGAUACUUGUUUCAAUACAGUUAUGCCAGAGAGAAUAAUUACCUUUGUUAUAUAGCAAUUUGGAGACCAGUUAGUGAUUUAACUUAUACAUUAGUCCACGAAACAAACGUCCCUCAAGGACCACUUCAUCAAGUACAAAUGGUAGAAUUAGAAGAACCUUUUCUCGUUAAAAAAUUCGAUGUGAUUGGUAUCCAUACUAGAAAGUCUAGUCCUCCUGACAGCAAUGUAAGAUGUAUUUCUGAAUUGAAAGAUCAAACUAGCGAAUAUCCAUUCCAUUCUCGAUUAAAACACAACUGCUGCUCUUCACUUGGAGAUACAAUUGCUUUUGAUACUACAACUCCGACCAGAUUUUAUCUCCUUAUUGCUGGUGUUGUAAAAGAUCUUCUUAAGAUAGCAACGGUAAAAUACUUAGCUACAUUUAUCAGUUAUCCGCAACCAACGCUUACAACUUCAAUUCCUAUUAAUUUGUAUUUGAGUGUAUUCAAACUUCAAUUGAAAACAUGCUCAAAUGUCGAAAAGAUAUUAGUUACAACGGAUGUACAACCAAAUGUCAACGGAAAGAUUUCGUUUCAUUUGGGUCAUGGAUACUCUGAACGAUUAAGAACAACGCUAUGCAAUCAUCUCAGUUCUUCAGAUACUGAUACUUUUACGAUUAAAGACGACAGAUAUUAUUUUACUAUAACUUGUAAGAGAACUACUAUUGGACGAUAUCUUAUAGUCAAGUCACCUUUUCAAUUCACUUUUACUAAUAUAUAUAUAAUUGGACAACCGGCUAUUGUCGAAACUCCUUUCUAUUCUCUAUCCUCAAUAGAAAUGAAAAAAGAUACAUUUGAUCAAGAUUGUCAACUUUCAAUUCAAUGUUUGAAAUUAUGUCAAAGUUUACAAAAUUGCUCUGGUAUUUCAGUUACAGCUAACAAGUCAAUUUUACAUUUUGGUCAUAUUUUUGAUGACAUGCUAAUUACCAGUCCAACUUCUAUUUUUCAUUAUAAAACAUGCUCUGCACCAACGCAAGAUGAUUAUUGUUAAAUUAAUCAGAAGCUUCACUAAACAAUUAUAUAGUAAUCUCAAAAAUUGUCGAAAUGUGUCACAUGAUUUUGCACUCUUAUUAAAUUCAAUAAUUGUCCAAUAAAGAGUAAUCAUAAAGAAAUUGAAUUUUAAAUAAUAAUUAAAUAGGUCGAUGAUCAAUCUAUCAAUUUUAGUGGAGAAAUCUAAUUGGGGGUUGAUCGAAUAACUUUCUCUCUACAGUCUAUAUGUAAAGCUUAACAAUUCUUACAUCUUUCCUGGUGAACUAUUGUUCAAGCGCAAUUCAAGUGAACACGGAUUCAUCUGAGAGAUAUUAAUUAGUUUUUAUCGCAUAAUUAGUAUCAUUAAAAUAAGUUAUUGUAAAUGUGUAUGCAAUUAUUGAAAGUCUAAUUACUAAUAUAUCAUAAUCGCGGAAUUGAACACUUAUUAAUCUCUUUAAAACAAAAGAUACGUACCGUUAAGAAAAUUUAGUAUUAGAUGUUAAUCUCAUUAACAUUAAAUAGAAUAUUCUAUAUUUCAGAGAAGCGACAUUACUAUCUGUCUGAUUUAUCAGUAAACAUUCAGAAAUACGUCGUUAGAGCUUUAAAUAUAAUUUUUAUUUUUGUAAUACAAACAAUUCAUUGUAAAUGAUUAAUGAUUAUCAAUUCCAUAUUUACACUCAUGUUGUCAACAAGAUUGCAACUAUUUACUAUUUAAAAAUAUAUCGUUCAAAAUUCUUAAAGUUAUAUUGGUCUAUUUCUAAAAUUAUUAAUAUACGACAUUAUACUUCAAUCCUUGUAUCUUUAUUUAUAGUACAAAGGGAAAGCAAUG